GCGUGGGAGUAACUAGGAAGUGUGUCGGUAACCAAGGAAAGAUGAGGGAUUAAAUAACGAUUGUUCUGUUUAGAGAUGCAAAACCUCUACUGGUUUUAACAAACAUCAGUUUACUAUCGAAAGGGUCUAUGGCUCUGCCGACCCUCUCGGCCCAUGUGCCCAGUCGGUCUCGGGUGCUGGCCGGACAGCUGGCCCGGCAGCGGGAGCAGGAGGCCCGGCAGCGGCAGCAGUGGGAGCUGCAUGCUCAAUACUUCAGAGAGCAGAGUGUCCGCAGCCAGAGACAGGAGGUGUGGAGCUCCCGCCAGUCCUACCAGCAGAGUAUGUCAGCAUACCAUAAACACAGACUGAAUGAGGAAAAGAAGGAAAGCCUGGAGCAGCGCAGGAAUCAGCUCAGAGCCAUGCUUCAAGAAGAGAGAGACCGGCUGGAGGCGGAGCUCAGAGAAGUAGUUCCUGACAGGAGCACAUUGGCAGGUCAGCUGGUGCAAAAGGCUGAAGACCUUCGUACAGCAAGGGAGGAAAGAAGAAAAAAACUUGCACAAGAACUGCUGAAGGAACACUGGAAGAAAAACAACACAGAAUUGCGAGAGGUCGAGUCGGCAUUACAUAAAGAUCAUGUUGUCGGCCAAUGGCAGGAGCAGAUAUCCGAGCGGAAACGGGAAGAAGUGGCAGAGCAAGUGGAGAAGAAACGCUUUGAAAAUGAGUACGAGAGGACGCGUAAAGAGGCUCUGGAGAGGAUAAAGCAAGCGGAGCAGAAAAGGAACGUAGAGGAGCGGAAUAGGGCGGAGGAACUUCGCAAACAGAUGGAAGAACUGAAGCUGAGGGAAGAGGAGGCAACUCGCCUGAAGACGGAGCAAGAGGCUCUGCUGGUCAAACAAUGGGAGCUGGAGAAGACAGAGGACGAAAGGAAAAAGGUGGAGGAAAGGCGAAAGAAGUGUGAGAUGGGGCAUUUCUUGAUCCGUCAGUAUCGCGCUCAGCUGAAGAGGAGAGCCCAGCAAGUGCAGGAGGAACUGGAGGCCGACCGUAAGAUCCUGGAAGCCUUGGUGGAAGGACAGCAGGAGGACAGGACGAUGGAGACUGCACGAAGGGAAAGGGCCAUCGCUGAUGCUGCCUGGAUGAAACACGUGAUUGAAGAGCAGCUGCAGUUGGAGCGGGAGAGGGAGGCUGAGUUUGACAUCCUACACAGAGAAGAAGCUCAACGUGUGUGGGAGAAACGAGAAGAACAGUGGGAGAAGGAGAGGAAAGCCAGAGAACGGCUCAUGCAAGAGGUACUUGCAGAGAGACAGCAGCAGCUGGAGCUUAAGAUGCAAAAGAACAGAGAGGCUCAGGAGGAGUCCCUGAGGAGACGAGAACAGCUGAUCCACGAUCUGGAGCUGGAGAGGGAGACCAGACACCUGGAGAAGGAGCAAGAAGAGGAGCGUAGGACUGCACGGAUGCAAGAGAUAAAUGUUCAGGUGGAGCAGCAGCACCAAGAGCAGUGGGUGGAGCAGUGCAGGAUAGAGGAGGAGGAGGAGGAGGACAGGGAGGCUCAACAAAUCCAGGAGGAGGAGCUGAGGCUGGAGAUGCAGAGGAUGACCAACAAAGGGUACCAGGAGAAGGUUCACAGCAGACCUCGAUCAGCAUGGACAUGAGCGACCGGCAAAACUGAAGUCAAAACAGAAUUGUGAGAUGUAUAUUUUUUCUACUUGUAAAUUAGGCUUUAAAGGAUACAUUCUUUCAAGUGUGUCUUAAAACAUUGCCUGCAUUCCUAUAUGUAAGUUGUAACAGUUAGAGGCCUCUGUUAUUGUUCCUCCUAUCCAUGAAGAGCAUUUCAAACUUCAUCAAAUCAAUUAGGGAGUUUAUUUUAGUGCUUAAUUCAUUUUUUGUUCUCUAGACAGUGUUUUCUUGCUCCUUGUGUCACUAACUCCGCCUCCCUCUUACAUUGGAACUGUGAUGUGGUCUUUUCACAGCCAGUAGCUCUUUUAAUGUACAGAUGGACAUGUGAGUAUUGUUUUAAGACAUGUUUGAAAAAAUGUGACCCUGAUCCUUAAAUUCCUUUUUAAAGAAUGAAGCACUCGUGUCA